CUCUAGCGCCAGACGUUAGUACUGGUCUGCGUGUUCACUCCUCCUCUCGGAUCCACAGCGCGAGCAUCGCAGUGUCUCGGCAGGAACACGGUGUUGCGUGCUGACCGGCGCCCGGAGCUCCGCAGACCCCUCUCCGUCUCCCCCGGGCACUCACGGGACUACGUCGACGAGUCGUCUCCUUGUUUCUUUCUUAUAUCUGGGCUCCACUCCUCGCUCCGGUCUCUCUCGCUGCAGGGCCUCUUCAGUUUACUGGUUUUGGGGGGGGGGGGGGGGAGAAUAAAAAGUGGGUGUUUGCUGCUCACUGGUGUUCCGGCGGCGGCGGCGGCGAAGUGUCCUCGAUGGCAGGCUGGAAGGACGGCUCGGUGCAGGAGAAGUAUCGGCUGGUCGUGGUCGGAGGCGGCGGGGUCGGGAAAUCUGCCCUGACCAUCCAGUUUAUCCAGUCAUACUUUGUCACCGACUAUGACCCCACAAUUGAAGACUCUUAUACCAAGCAGUGUGUGAUUGACGAAAGGGCGGCCAGGCUCGACAUCCUCGACACGGCUGGACAGGAAGAGUUUGGAGCCAUGAGAGAACAAUACAUGAGGACAGGGGAGGGCUUCCUGCUCGUCUUCUCAGUCACUGACAGAGGAAGCUUUGAAGAAAUCUACAAAUUCCAAAGACAAAUUCUCAGAGUGAAAGACCGAGAUGAAUUCCCGAUGAUCCUUGUAGGAAACAAAGCCGAUCUGGAACAACAGAGACAAGUAACCCAGGAGGAGGGCCAGCAGCUGGCCAGACAACUGAAGGUCACAUAUAUGGAGGCUUCAGCCAAAAUUCGUAUGAACGUAGACCAGGCUUUCCACGAGCUGGUUAAAGUAAUCAGGAAAUUCCAAGAGCAGGAAUGUCCACCUUCGCCCGAACCUACAAGAAAAGAGAAAGACAAGAGUGGCUGCCAUUGUGUGAUCGUCUGAGGCGGCCUGACCACUGUCACUCAUGCAGCUGCUCUACCGCCCCGCCCACUCUGCAUAACAUCACAUCCUUAGUGGAUGACUGACCGCUGCCUUCUCCUCGUGCAUGACUUCAGACAGCCUUUUCUGAGAUACUUUGACCAGGAAGUGCUGUCCCCAGGACAUCACUAUGGACAACUGACAAUGCCAAAUUUUAACACCACUCUACCUUCAGCUGUAAUCUAAUUCACACGAGAAAAUCCCAACACUAAACAUUGCCUUCCGAAUCAGCCUGACAAAUUAAUGUUUUGUACUCUGAAGGACUUCUCUUGCCUUGUAGUGACAUUUGUACUUGCUACCGAGAUUGAAUGAAAACUAUAUAUCUAGAAUGUUAAUGCGUUUCUUUAGUUUCCAGCGUGACCAGAGAAAAGAGAUUAUUUUAUGAAGUUUUGUGUAUGUCGUGCCAUAUCCACCUUUUACUCCCAUGUGCUAAUCUGCUACUGUACAUAUGUGUCAUUUGUUGUGAUUUUCAAAGUGUACUUCUAAUGAUCUAUUAAAUCACCACAGUACAGUGUCUGAGGUUGAGUUUGGUUUUAAUUAUAUGAAAGUGAAUAUAUAAAUAUAUAUAUGUGUAUAUAUAUAGAUAUAUAAAGAUAUAUUUAUCUAUAUAUAUAUAUAUAUGUAUAUAUAGAGAGAGAUAUAUCUAUAUAUAGAUAUAUAUAGAGAUAAGUAUGUAUAUAAAUAUAAAGCCUAGACAGCCCUUAAAGCUACAAUGAUAGAACGUUCUGGCAUUUUGCAGUGGAUUCCUCUUUGUCUGUGGUUUUAGGCUUUCAUCUCAACCACGAAGCAUCUACUGUAUUUGAUUUGUUUCCUCAAAAGUCUUAUAGAUUGAAGCUUUCUUAUCCAAUGCCAUCUCCUCAAUGUACCUGCAAGUAGCAAAUGUAUCUGAAAUUCUUUUUUCCUCGAAGGUGGCGGUUCAGUCGAAAUUGGACAUCAGAUUUUCUCAGAAGCAGUAGAUGAAUUUCUUGGUAGCACAUUGUAUAACCUUUGACAACUAACAUGAUUUCAGAUCAAAAACACUGUACGCUCUAUAUUCAACUCUUUAAAUUUGUUGCAAAUCAAGAAGCUUUCAGAGCUCAGUUCAGAUCAUUCCAAUGUAAUGAAUCUCCUCUGUCAAACAUUUAGUCUACGAUUCAGAUCAAAGAAUUGUUCUGUCAUUCCAAUAACACGGUUGCAAUGUAUUUGUUUUGUGUCCCUUGAUUAUUCCGUUACAUAACUUUUCCCCCCCAAUGAUCUUUCGCUUGGAAAACCAGGACAAGUGGAAGCGUUGAGAUGCACGUGGUAAAACAGUCGGUCUCCAAUGGGACUUGAACUCAACCGGACCCGCCACCUAUGGAGCUUUCCCCCCCCACACACACAACACACUUGUGUACUUCUGUUUGGGCAUAUCAAUGAAGUGCUGCAGUUUGUUUUUCAUACCAUCAUCCUGUGAUAUAAACAACAAGAACAUCA